GUUUGUUCUUCUGUUUUCUACCUGCUGUCUGUCUGAGGGGGAAAAGAGGAGAGGAGAGCAGUCAUGGAGCCCCAGAAGAAGCUGAUAAACUCAGUGGACAGCUGUGUGGACGAGGCGUUGUGUGGACUGGUCCGGUCCAGCGGGGGUCUGAGUCUGCUGAAGGGCCACAGGGUGGUUCUGCGCUCUGACCUGGACAACCUGAGGGCCAAAGUGGCCCUGCUGUCAGGAGGGGGGUCGGGACAUGAACCAGCACACGGGGGGUUUGUGGGUGCAGGUAUGCUGUCAGCAGCUGUGGCAGGGGGGGUGUUUGCAUCUCCUCCACCUGCCAGCAUCCUGGCUGCCAUCCUCUGCUUACACAAUGCAGGUGCUUCUGGAGUCCUUCUCAUUGUGAAGAACUACACUGGGGACCGCCUUAACUUUGGACUAGCUGCAGAGCAGGCCCGCAACCACGGCGUCAAUGUCGACACAGUGAUAGUUGCUGACGAUUGUGCUUUUGAGCGACCCAGUAAGGCUGGGAGGAGGGGCCUGUGUGGCACCAUCUUCAUACACAAGCUGGCAGGAGCGAUGGCAGAAGAAGGCUGCCCGUUGGACCAGAUUGUUUCCACGGUGACCCAGGCUUUGAAGGGGAUGGGGACUCUGGGGGUCAGUCUGUCCCCCUGCAGCGUUCCAGGCUGUCUGCCUUCCUUUGACCUGCCGCCUGGGGACAUGGAGCUGGGACUAGGAAUUCAUGGUGAACCAGGUGUUAAAAGGUCAAAGGUGACAUCUGCAGAUGAUGUGGUGAUGACCAUGAUAAAUCACAUGACCAACCCUGACAGCCAAUCACAUCUGCCUCUGAAAUCAGGCGACACUGUGGUUGUGUGUGUGAACAACCUGGGAGCUCUGUCCUGUCUGGAGAUGAAUGUGGUUACAGGAGCGACCAUCAACUGUCUGGAAAGCCGAGGUGUGGUGGUGGCCAGGAUGAUGUCAGGGUCUUUCAUGACAUCGCUGGAGAUGGCUGGAGUUUCUCUGACUUUUAUGAAGGCCGACCAGGAAACGCUGAGACUGUUUGAUGCUCAAACCAGCGCUCCCGCUUGGCCCAACAUCAGCUGUAUGAGUGUCAGCGGACGGGGAUACACCUCACAGCCUCCACCUCUGAGCACAAGACCACAAGAUGAGCAGCACCUUGAAGGGCCUCUGAGUGCACUCAUGCAGAAAGUCCUGGAGGCAGUUUGCUCCACACUGUUGCAGAAGCAGGAGGAACUGAACGCCCUGGACCGAGCUGCUGGGGACGGAGACUGUGGGAACACUCACGCCCAGGCGGCCAGAGCCAUUCAGGACUGGCUCCAGGAUCACCUGGUCCCCGGUUGCCCCGGGCAGCUGUUGCUUGUCCUUGCCGGAUUGGUGCAGGAGAAAAUGGGCGGGUCUUCAGGAGCGUUGUACAGUCUUUUCCUGACCGCAGCAGCUGGUCACAUGACUGGCAACCAGAGCGGCACCGCAGGCUGGGCCGACGCAGUGCAUGCUGGGACACAAGCUAUGAGGAGAUACGGUGGCGCUGACCCUGGAGAUAGAACGAUGCUGGAUGCUCUGUGUCCUGCAGCAGAUGAACUGAGGAGACUGAAAACGUGUCCCUCUGGUGGUCACAUGGCUGUACUACAGGCUGCCGUACAGAAAGCGGCAUCAGGGGCGGAGUCAACCCGUAACCUCGCAGCCAAGGCAGGGCGGGCCAGCUACAUCGCAGCAGAGCGCUUGACCCUUCCGGACCCCGGCGCCAUGGCUGUAGCCGCCAUUUUAGGAGCCGUGCUGGAGUCACUGGAGAGCCAGAAGUAGUCCAGAACCCAGAAAUGGAACAGAUCACAUGUACUCCUAGAUAUAACCCUAACAAUGUCACACACAAAAAAUACACAACUGUGUAAUACAAUACAAUACAAUACAAUACAAUGCCCUUAUUUGUCAUUACACUGAAUAUACAAUGAGAUUGGAGAGCUUCUCCUUUUUCAGUGCAAACGGGUAAUUAUACAUAAAGUAUAAGGUACAAAAUAUACAAAGGAUGAAGUCCUACAAGAGAGUACAGUUAAACUCUAAUACAAAUAUGAAGAUAAAAAUGGAUAAAAAUUGACAAUAUAAAAAAAUGUUUAAAAAAAAGUAUUGCACUGAAUGGUUGAAUAUUUACAGAAUAAUUAUAGUGCACAAGGUGAUUAAUACUCACAGCUGAUUAUGUAUUACAUGUGACUAUUAUUCCCAGAAUCAUAGGCGUGAUUGGCCAAGGACAAAAAAGCAGGAACACCACAGUGCACCUUCUAGGGGUCCAGCGGUACCAGUAGUCCACGGUUCAGUCCGCACCGCGGUUUUUGGGCAACGAUUUCAUUGAAUUUCACAAUAGGAACAAAUUCUAUGACUGUAGUGAAUAAAAUAACCCUUUCUUAUUCCUUUACGUAUAUACAGUCAUAUAAAACAGACACGUGCACACAUAAGGGCCAAAGGGGGCUGGAGCCCAUGCCCUGUUUGCCUUGUUGAAAAAAGUACCCUUUUUAUUUUAUUUUAUUUUAUUUUUGAUAAAUAAAUUCCUGUUCUGCAUAAGGAUGGAAAAGAAAACUAUGGUAUAAAAACACCACGGUUAUCUACCGUCUGCAUUUCCUUCAUUCUUCAUUCUAAAGCAGCUUCUCUGUUUGCUGUCCCUCACUGAGGGGCGGGGCUUCCCCAUGCUGCACACUCACAUGCAUGGAGAGAGAGAGAGAGAGAGAGACAGAGGUCCAAGAGAGAGAGAGAGACAGAGGUCCAAGCCGCAGCUGCGUCUUCUCCAUGUGUAGUUCCUGCACAGAUGAGACGUGACAGUGGAGCGACUUAAACCUUCUUGAGUUCUAAAGCCAAACCCUCCACAACAGUGAUUGGACAUUAACUUGUGGGGGCGGGCUUUAGCCCACCUGGACACACACACACACUCAGUGUCCUGUAAAGCAGUUUAUAAAACACCAACACAAAAUCAAAUGCAAAACCACAAAAGUGUGGUCCAUAAGGGCGGACUGUUCUGUGCAGGGCAGACCAAACGGUUCUGUAUUUUCCAAAGUACCGUUCCAUCCCUAGUACACGUCCAGAAUUCUCAGAACACAUCAGGUAACCUUCCACAACCAUUACAGGCUCUGUGAUGGAGCUCUGCUUUCAUCCUGACAAAUGAAUGGACCAAAUACAGAGUGACAGGAAGCAGAGGUGAAAGGUCAUUAUGUUUAACAAAACCCAACCUGUGCCCCCCCCCCCCCCCCCUUCAAAAAUCUUGAAUAAAAGAGUGGAUUAGCCUGAUGAGAGCCUCAUCCUCUUUUUGGACCCAAUAUUUGAUUAUAAAUUCAUUAAUUAUGGGAUGGCUCAGAGCAGGAGUAUAAUUUUUUUUCACUUCUGUGAGGUCAUCAUUAGGUCCAUCCUGGGGGGAAAUAUGUCUACAUUUACCUUUUAUUAUUGGGUCUAGAAAGAUAGAAAAGUGACAGAUACUAAAAUAAACCCAGUUUCAAAGAUGAACCCAUAUAUAAACAAUGAACAGAAAAUAUUAAAUACAUUCCACAGUUAAUAUCGCUUUUAAAAAAAAACUGCACAGCAAAUACAGGUGAAAAAGACACAGAUGUGUGAAAUAUGUUGAGAUUCAAUAAGAUGCUAAUCAAAACUAAUUACUGAUGUUUUUUAGGCACAUUGUACUUACAGAACUUUGAUGUAUUUUGUUGUUUUUGAUGUUUUUUAACAUAUUGUAAAUCUCUAACUUUACUCAGUGUGCGAUACACAGUACAUAUUAUAGAGAAGAAACUAAUAAUUGUUGCUAAUUAAAAAUAACUGUUUACAGUAUGAGUCUGUGUUUGUCUACAAACUCCAGUGGGAGAAAAACAGCAGUGACAUGAAUCCUACCCUUCAGUGAAAGUCUGUGACCUCAUGCAAAACAGUAUUUUAAUGUUUCAUUCAAAUGUUUUUACGCUAACAGAUUUCAGAAUAUCUAAGAAUAGCAGUGAAGAGAGCAGCGUAGGAGUCUGGACGAAACAGAUGCAGUGAGUGAACAGAGGGCAGACUGCGCAGUAAACACAUGUCCGAGUAGGUUGGAGUCCA